AGGUAGUGUACACAUUUUCUACAUCUGAGUUUCGCGUUGGCAGGAUAAUGAAUAUGUGUCACUGACAGACAGAAAGCAUCAAUGCGGAGGCAGAGAAAGAUGAUUGCGGCUGUGUUUCUGCUGUGUGCUGUCACACUUCACUGCUCUGAUGGUUUGACAGCACAGAAUCCGGUCUGUGUGCCCAGUGAUGAGGUGGCAUGUUUUGUGCCAGCUGACUAUCUGAAUGCAUCUGGUUCUGUCAGCGUCGAUGUGUUAGUUGGUAAGAAACUUGUCAUCUCCCUGGAGAACUUCUCCGAUCACCCCGUCUGCCACUGGAUCAGAGGAGCGGACUUAGUACUGACAGUGAAUGAGAGUCACUCCAUGGUCCUGCCACCUCUUUCUGAGGCAGAUUCAGGGGAGUACACGCUGAGAUGUGAAACUAGCGACGAGUCCAGGUCCUCCAUGACCGUGGCUCUGCAUGUAGUAAUGAAACGACCCACAAAACCAAAGCUGAUGCUGGACAAAGUAGAUGUACCACGGACUUCCCCUUAUUUCACGUGCAGCUCCGAGGGAUGGCCAAAGCCUAAAGUUGAACUGGAUGGAAUUGAUGGGACAGAUGUUCCUACAACAGGUGGAAGGACUGAGAUCACAAUAAGCAGCAUUAAAUAUGAGGGUACAGGAUUGAUGUGUUGUGCUACUAACAAUGAAGGACAAGAAUGCUCCCAACUGUACGACUACGACGUAACCAGUCACGUUAUGAGAACUAGUGAGGUUUCUAAUGUGACUGUGAGCCCUGGUCAGUCUUUACUUCUUCGCUGCCGAAUUACAUCCUAUGACAUCCAACCUUGGUGGGAGAAAGGCGGAAAAACAAUGGAUGCCACAACAUUAGGGUGUCCCCCUAAAGUCAAGGGAGAGAUGUGCAUUAAAAGUGACAUACAUGGAAAAACUGAGAUGGCCUACCUGUUCUUUGAAUCCGUUGGUGUGAACCACAGUGGCACAUAUUCCUGCAGGAGUCCAGAGGACAAAACAAAGUCUGUUGACAUUCAUGUCAGAGCUGAGGGUUUCCUCUCUGUCCAGCUGGAUGAGACCAAGAUCAUACCAGCUCAGAAUGCUUCCAGCUCCUGUUUGCAGGCCAAUGUUUCCUACCACCCUGUGCUCCAGCAAUGCUCCUGGGAGGCUCCUGAUAAAAAUAUGGCUAAAUGCAUCAGAGAGGCUUGGGUAACAAAACACAGGAAUGUGAGUCUAUGUGGGGUUCGCAAAUCAGGAGAUUAUAAAUUGCACCUGGAGGCUGGAGGACAAAAAGAAACAAAGACUAUAUCCGUGUGUGUUGUAGACAAACCAGCAUGCAAAUUCAGGAGCAACAAUGUCAAUGUCACUUUUGAGACUGUGACUCUUGUACCUGCAAACUUUACCUGGUUGUCUUGUUCUGCAUCCAAUGAGAGCAACUGUGAAACAGACUCUUCCUGGGAGAAGAUCCCAGGUGCCUCUCAUACAGACACUGAUGUCCUCUGUGAGAAGACAAUCAGUAUCUCUCUGAGGAAAGAUCAAGCGGCUGGAAAACAUUUAAGGUUUUGCCUGACAAACUCUGUCGGCUCCUGGUGCUAUCCUUAUUUCUCAAUCUUCGACCCAGCUUUAGUCCAGGCCUCCACAGGUCAUCAAAAUGAUUCCGUCCCGAUGGUGCUGAAAGUAGCCAUUUUUAUUCUGUUCCUGGCUUUGACAGUAGUAAGCAUAGUGCUUACGUACUUUGUGAAAAAGAAGAAACCACAGUAUCAGUCGCAGCUCCAGAUGAUCCAGAUGGUCGGACCCAAUGACAAUGAUUACAUCUACAUAGACUUCAAGGAGUUUGGUUACGACCUGAAAUGGGAGUUUCCCAGAGAGAACCUGGAACUGGGUUCAGAACUGGGCUCUGGGGCUUUUGGCAUGGUGGUCCAGGCUACAGCUUAUGGCAUCAGCAAGCCUGGAGUCUCACAGCAGGUGGCCGUCAAGAUGCUGAAAGAAAAACACCAGACGGUGGAGAAGGAGGCUUUGAUGUCAGAGCUCAAGAUGCUGACUCACAUCGGUCACCAUGCCAACAUUGUUAACCUGCUCGGGGCGUGCACAGACACAGGACCCAUAUACCUGAUUUUCCAGUACUGUCGUUAUGGAGAUCUGCUGAACUACUUAAAGACAAACAGAGAGCGCUACCACAAGUCUGUGACCGACGCUUUCAACAAGGACCGUUUCAGCAGCCUUUACCACAACCUGCAGCCCAGGAAAAGCUCUGGUGAGCUUGACAAAGCAGUGGACAAUUAUGUGCCUAUGCACAGCUCAACCACCAGAGGGCAGGAGGAGAUCGCUCUCCUCACCAUCAACUCUAGUGACAUGGACAGUUUUGAAGACCCAGCCAUCUACGACAACCCAGACGAUCAGACAGAAGACCUGCAAACCCUGACCUUUGAUGACCUGCUCAGCUUUGCCGUCCAAGUGGCCAAAGGCAUGGAGUUCCUCUCCUCCAAGAAUUGCAUCCAUCGAGACCUGGCAGCCCGUAACGUGUUGGUGACAAAGGGCAGACUGGUGAAAAUUGGUGACUUCGGACUGGCUCGAGACAUCGACAAUGACUCCAACUAUGUUGUGAGAGGAAAUGUGCGUUUGCCGGUGAAGUGGAUGGCCCCAGAGAGUACCUUUCAUGGCAUCUACACCAUGAAGAGUGACGUCUGGGCUUAUGGCAUUCUGCUCUGGGAGAUCUUCUCACUCGGUGUUACUCCGUACCCGGGCAUGAAGGUGGAUCACACGUUCUACUCGAUGAUUGAGAGAGGCUUUAAGAUGGAGUGCCCGUACUACGCCAGCGAGUCUGUGUAUAAGAUGAUGUGUAAGUGUUGGGCUCUGGAGCCCUGCGACCGUCCCUCUUUCUCCAAACUGGUGUCGUUUAUGUGUGAUCAGCUGACGGAGCGAGAGGAAAAGCUCUACCAUAACAUGCUCGACCAGACAUCCAGUGACUACCAGAACACAGCAGCCAUUGUGGACAUUUCUGCCUUGACAAAACAGAACCAGACGCAGUCAGCCAAUGAUUACUGUCAAACACGCGCGACUGAAGAAAACAAAGCAGAAGUGUCUGAGUCAGACACUGCAGCAGCUGAGGAGAAGCUUGUGAAGUCAUCUGAUGCAGAGUGAUCACUUCUCUGUCACUGAAUACAUGUUGACUGAAAGGUUCUUUUGUAAAAACAGAAAUCUCUGUUUGAAUUUUCCUUUUCCUAGUUUUUGUUGCAGUCCAGGGAAUAUCAAUAAGUCUGGGAUUUAUUAAGUAAUAAUCUCAAGCAGUGGCGGUUCUCGACCAAUUUUACUGUGGGGGCCAAGGAGGGGCCAGUGUUUAAUCAGAGGGGCACAUUAGCACAUGAAAAAAUGGCAAAGGUGAUAUUUAAGCAUUCAAAAUCUUUUAAUGUCUUGAAAAAGACACAAAAUGACCAAAGAAGACA